AUGGAAAGUGUAGGAUGCAAAGCAUUCUACCAAUGCUUUAGCUUGAUUACAGUGAUAGUCCCUCUGGAUUCAAAGCCGAUCGAGAUUGGACCUGAAUCCUUCUACCGCUGUGUUUUUCUCGCCAACCUUGUGCUUCCAGAAGGGUCCAAUGCCGACGAAGCGUCUUUUGUUAAGUGCACAUUGUUGGAAGAUCGCUUUGGUGAAAAAGCAGAUGAUAUUGUCCAUGGUUUGGUACACCGGUUUGACAACUUUCCAGUACACAAGAUCCUCUACGACCAUCCCCCUACUACCAACGCCGAAGAGCUUCGUCAACGUGUUGAGAAAAUAGACAAGAAGGAGUCACCGCUCGUGGAUGAUUUCGGAAUGACUCCAUUCCACAUACUCUCUUCAACUCCCGAGCCAAGUCAAGAUCUAUUUGAAAUCGUUCUGGACAAGUUUCCACACUAUGUUCUCGGCUGGAAAGAUGCCAAUGACAACACGGCAAUGGAAUACCUGUUGAGCAACUGGACCCGGGAAAGCAAGGCAUUGCUAGCGAACUCUUUGCAAAAUUGGAUGUAUAAUCGGUUGGAUUGUUGGCGCUCGGAUGGUUGGAGAAUCAGAUUUCUUCCCACCAUGAAUGCUCUGCGUGCCCAAGAGGACAGAGGAAUCAGGAUGAAUUGGUUUGGCAUUGCAUGGUUGGCCUUGAAACAUUUCGAAAAUGUGGAAUCUAUAUCAAUAUUGGAAAUGGUCUUGUGGAAAUGGAAAAUCAAUGGUGGACAGGACAACAAGGGUACCAAGCGACAGUCGCUAGACCGAGAAGAGUGCCGUUGUGUCUGUGGAUCGGACGUUGUGAUUCCGAAUGUACAGUCAUUCUUGGGAAUAUAA